UGUGGAGAAGAAGGUUGGUGUCACCAAUCAGGCUACCCCUCAAGCCCCAGAAACCGGGUUAGUAACAAACAGCCUACCCCUCUAGCCCCAGAAACCGGGAUUAGUAACAAACAGACUACUCCUCAAAAGGAUCAGCCUACACUUCAAACCAAUCAUCCUACUCCUCCCACCAGACAGCCUGCUCCUCAAAAGGCAAAGCCUACUCUUCAAAAGGCAAAGCCUACUCCUCAAACGAAACAGCCUGCUCCUCAAACUAAACAGCCUGCUCCUCAAACGAAACAACCUGCUCCUCAAACGAAACAGCCUACUCCUCAAAAGGCAAAGCCUUCUCCUCAAAAGAAACAUCCUUCUCCUCUGCCCAAAGAGAGAUUGUUGCCGGAGGAUACAGCAGAUGAGGCGAUCUCGGUAUAUAAGAUCUUGCCGGAGGAUAAAGCAGAUGGUGUCACCUCCAAAGAGAUUGUUCCUCUCACUUCCACUGACCAACCGAGCUUCACUUCCAACGAUCAACAACCGAGCUUCGCUUCCACCGAUCCAAGCGUUCCAGUUUCAGAACCGAGCCUGGUUGUAUUGGACAAAACAGCUCCCACUGCUUCUGUGCGUGCAAGGAGUGAACGAACGAAGAAACCUGCUCCCACGCAGAUAUCUCCUUAUACGGCAGAGAGAAGGAAACUCCUUAGAGUUGGAAAGUAUAAUCCAUUUCCCACACUAAACAGACCUAAGAUGAAGGAGCUCGCUGAUUGGUUGAAAACUGAUCCUGAUUAUUUCACUAAGCAAGAGGACAAACCACGUACAUCACCAACUUGGUGGUAUCAAAAACUCCGGACACCCAAAGCAUGGCUGAAAGAUGUACAUAUAGAUGCUUGGAUGAAUGUGCUGAGGCAGAGGUAUAAGGAGAACCCACAAUGUUUCUGGAGCGAGCGAAUGUGCUUCCUGGAUCACAACUUUACCCAGUCUUGGAGAGAACAGUAUAUGUUCUUCAAAGCAUUGUCGUCUGAUCACAAUGGUUUAGGAAAAAUGCUACCUAGUGGGGCGGCGAGUUUGUAUGACGGAUCAAUGCCUUCAUUUUGCCAAUCAAACAAGAAGUGGGGGGAGGACAUUGAUGAUAUCUAUGCGCCACUGAAUUUGGACAACAAACAUUGGGUUGCUAUUUGGAUAUCGAUCCCUAAGAGGCACAUAGUCGUCUGGGACAUCAUACCUUCAACUACCAUACCAGAAAGAUGGGAUGAGAUAAUGGAGCCUUUUCUCGAGAUGGUCCCUUAUCUGAUUGUGGAGUGCGGAGACCAGAUGCAUGGGUUGGAGCGAUACACAUAUGAGAGACUGCUGAAAGAUGUACCCACGGCCAACAAUGGUGAUUGUGGCGUGUACGCUGCAAAGUACAUUGAAUGUCAUGCUCUUGGGGUCCCCUUUAGCCCUAAAGACUUUGCUAGGUCCAAUGCGAAGACUAUGAGGGAUAAUAUGGCUUUGGUUAUAUGGACGGAGCUUGUUGAUCAGCAUUUGAAAGAUAAUGAGGAUGGUGGUAUGUUUGUGGGCAUGUAUGAUUAGAUACACAAAUCUAACUUGUAUAGAUUUUUUAACUUGUAUAGAUACACAAAUCUAUUUGUAUAUUUGAACUAUUUGUAUACACAAAUCUAUUUGUAUAUUUGAACUAUUUGUAUACACAAAUCUAUUUGUAUAUUU